AUGUAUUCGCAAGCGCCUUUGCAGUCAUUCAUUACCCUACUCCGAAAUGCCCAUACGGCACGGCACUUUGACCUACUUGAGCAAUGGUGGAAGGUUAUCCUGGCCAUCCAGGGCAACCUCGUUAACCCCCAAGGGCAAGUCGUGGCCCUCCACGAGCUGAAAAAUUGGGAUGAUGGCUUGGACGACUUCGCCAUGAGAGCAUACGACUGGCUUCACUUCCUCAUGGAAUGUGGUUCCAGCGAGUCGGGUUUAAGAAGCAUCGCUUUCACCCGGCCGUACAUGGAGAGGGCCACCAGGGACUUGGCCAGUCACGAGGUCUCCCAGAACAUAAGGACAACACGCAACGAGAACGAAGUAAUCGAGCGAGAGUAUAAAGGCCUCAUCACAUCCGUGGCCGACUUCUGGGUCCAGGACUCUCUGGCCCGUGCCAUGACCAAUCACGCCACCACCGAGGAGGAAACCAGGGACAUCCGACGCCUACCUCGGGACCAAGUUGAAAUGGUCAGGAAAAUGGUCGAGGCGCUCAAGAACAUGGCGGAAAAGCGGGAUGGAAAAGACUACCAAAUCAACCAGUUGAGAAUAUCGUCACACCACGUGUUCGAAAACAUUGCGUGGCAACUGUGGGUCGACGCUGGGAAAGCCCAAGCGGGAUGCCCUGAUAUUCCUCCAUGGUGCACGAGCUUUUACAGGAAAGAAUAUGGAUCCUUGGAAGCCCGUUGGACCGACAUGCUCAAGCUUAUGAAGCGCUCCAAGGGUGCGGCAGCCAACAUGCUAGUUGCUCCGUACGUCAAGCGGUUUGCGAAUGAUCCAAAUGGAGAACUUCAGACCAAGAAGACCAAUGCGAACAACAACGGAAGGAGGGGCCAAAAACAGGGCAACGGAGAUUCUGAACAGAAUGAGGGGGAAACCGAUGCCGCUCAGCACGGGGCCGCCGCACCUGAAGCCAGCGAGCAUGAAGCCAUUGAGGCUCCGGAUGUCCAAGCUGUUCAGGAAGCCCAGGAUGCUCAACAUGCGAGUGACGACCACAAUGGACCGGCUGCGGCCGCAGAGACGGAGAAUCAAGCCGCCCAAGACCCCCCUGUCCAGCCCGAAUAUCCCAACGUUCAACCGGCACCCGCCGCACCUAAUGUCGCUCCCGUUUCCGGACAAAACGUUAUCCCAAAUAUGGCCGCCGCGAUCCUCAUGCCGAACAUGGCAGAUGGAGACAACCACGUGGAAGAGGCGGAGCUUGGAGACCCUGUCCAGGGCAUGCUCAACCAUGUUGGGUUCGACAAUAAUUCUGCUGUAUAUCAGGUCAUCGGCGGCCAGGUCAAUAUCGCCGCUCAAGAGGUCAUGGCCCACGGCAUACAGAACGACAAUUUCAAUGUACAUGAGCAACUUCAGGACAAUUUCGACAUCGCGGACCUUGACGACAUCGAUCUUGCCAAUUACGACAUGACCGGCAUCAUGGACGAGGCACAGAUCGACCAAGCUAUUGCGGACUACAUUGCCCAACAGAACUCUGGGGUUGUGAGCGACGACGACAUUCAAAUCUACCAGGCCGCAAACAAUCAGCCCAACAACGAUGGCGAAGAGGACGGUGGACGGGGUGGUGGGUCCGCCACUUACCCCGCCGAUUCAACCACUGAAGGAAAGCGAAAGCGGACUGGAUCUGGCGGUGAGGGUGGAUGGCGUCCAGCGCAGCGCGCCCGGCUCAACUAA